CCCACAGACGCUGAUAUUACGUAGCGUAAUGCCUGAAUAAGCCAGCAACUUCAGUGUUCUUUCUCAUAGUAAAACUGAAGGAAAUUGCUGUUUCUCUGACAACUUCGCAGUUUAUUCUGGAACUAUGCAGCGCAGGAUCUGAUGGAACACCCUGACAUCUUAACGGCUGACGUCUAAAAGAAAACAGGAGCUUAACGUUUAACAGAAACAGAAGAAGCAACAGGAGGUUGAGCUGGGCUAACAUGGCGAGCCGCAGCAGGUUGCCAGCUCCCGAAUAAAUGUAAAGCGAAACGAAACUGGAAAGGAGAGGGGCGCUUGUUUGGAGGACUUUUGCACAGCUUCAUAUUACAUGGAUUCUAUGAGUUGACCAGGACUGGUACGCCACCUCCGAAGCCGUAUGGCGUCCACUCAAGCCCGGUUAGGCCAGCAGGCCUUAGCGUUGCUAGAUGUGGCUCUAAGAGUUCCAUGUAUUUUUACUAUCGACGUCAUUUUUAACUCUUACUACAACCAGGGAUCGGGAUGGGCUGGGGCAACAGGAAAAGUGUUGGUCAGAGGUUUGGGUGUCCUCAUCUCCACUGUGGUGUUGCUGCUCUCCCAGAAAGCCUUGUUCAAGUUCUACACUCUCUUCUUUGCUGUCCUCCUUGGCUUGGCAGCAGUCCUCAUAAACUACUACGCCACCUCACACAUAGACUUCUACAGUGCAUACUGCAAAGCAGCACUGGGGUUCAGAUUGCUGCCCAGAAAUGGGACGACGCUCUGGCUCGGAAUGGCCGCUGUCCAGCUGAUGUUUGGCAUUGGAUACGUGUUUCUGCUCAAUCUCCAGUCAGUGUUUGCGGCUCUGGUGGUUUUGGACAUCAUGAUCCCUCUGUGGGGGAUGAUGAUUGAGCUUCCCGCGGACGUCAGGCACAUGACGGCGGUCAUCUCGGGCCUGGCGCUCGCUCUAAACACAGCUGUCUGCCUAGCCAUGAGGCUGAAGUGGUUCUACUACUCGUGUCGGUACGUCUACUUGCUGGUGCGGCACAUGUACAGGAUUUACGGACUUCAGCUUCUGCUGGAAGACACAUGGAAAAGAAUCCGGUUUCCCGACGUCCUGCGAAUGUUCUGGUUGAGCCGGGUCACCGCCCAGGCACUCAUACUGGUCUAUGUUGUGCGAGCGGUGAGGAAGGAGAGUGGGGAUGCAGCAGGUGGAGCUACAGAGGGGAGCUCUGAUGCACAAGGCUACCUGUUCAGCUGGGACGUGUUCUGGGAUCUGACGCGCAACCUGAUCAUCUCUGGAUGCGAUUCCACUCUGACUGUGUUGGGCAUGAGUGCUGUCAUCUCCUCCAUGGCACACUACCUCGGCCUUAGCAUCCUAGCUUUCAUAGGUUCGACUGAGGAAGAGGAUAAGCGCUUAGGCUUUGUGGCUCCUGUUCUGUUCUUUAUUCUGGCUCUACAGACCGGCCUCAGCAGCCUGGAUCCAGAGGAACGUUUGGUCCGCUUGAGCCGAAACAUGUGCCUUCUACUGACGGCCAUCCUGCACUUUAUUCACGGCAUGACCGACCCUGUCCUGAUGUCCCUCAGCGCAUCCCACGUCUCUUCCUUUCGCCGCCACUUCCCUGUUCUGCUGGUGUCAGUGGCCCUCUUUGUACUUCCCGUAGCGCUCAGCUUCACCCUCUGGCAUCACUACGCCCUCAACACCUGGCUCUUCGCCGUCACAGCCUUCUGUGUUGAGCUCUGUCUCAAGGUUGUGGUGUCAUUAACGGUCUACGGUCUUUUCAUGGUUGACGGAUUCUCCAAUGUACUUUGGGAGAAGCUGGAUGACUAUGUCUACUAUGUGCGUUCCACCGGCAACAUCAUCGAGUUCCUGUUCGGUGUCAUCAUGUUUGGAAACGGCGCCUACACCAUGAUGUUUGAGAAGGGCAGCAAGAUCCGUGCCUGCAUGAUGUGUCUGCACGCCUACUUCAACAUCUACCUUCAGGCCAAGAAUGGUUGGAAGACCUUCAUCAACCGACGCACCGCCGUGAAGAAGAUCAAUUCCCUGCCAGAGGUCCGAGGCGACCAGCUGAGGGAGAUUGAGGACGUGUGUGCCAUCUGUUACCAGGAGUUUGCCAGCUCAGCGCGCCUCACGCCAUGUCACCAUCACUUCCACGCGCUGUGCUUGAGGAAGUGGCUUUACAUCCAGGACACAUGCCCCAUGUGCCACCAGAGAGUUUACAUCGAGGACGAUGGCCGAGACAGAGCUGCUUUCUCCAACAACAACGGAGGCUACGCAGCGCCGCAGGACGCCGUUCCAGCAGGCCCGCCGGUUCAAGGAGAAAACCCGCACGGACAGCCGGUAGCUGAGCUGGUGCCAAACGGAGCUGUAGCCGGGGCGCACGCCGCUGGAGGACCAGCGGGGCUCGACGAUUUGGUGGAGGACAACGACAGCAUAGAGUACGACGAAGACGAGUGGGGCACUCAGAAUGGCAGCACACCGAUAGAAGAAGAGUAUAUAAAUGACGACACAGACUCUACAGAAGACUGACGAGAGAGGAUCUAUAGAAAAUAAUAUACCUAUAUCUUUAUUAUAUUUAAGUUAAAAAGAACACUUAAAUUGUUCUCGGAAAAUUGUCAGGGAUCCCAGUCUCUGUUUCUCCUUAGUUUCUUUUGAGUUUUACUCUAUAAGAGCUUGUGGGAAGAGUAAAAGCUGCUCUGUCUGUGUGUGCGUGUGUUGAGUGGAAGUGUGGGCAAGAUGUAGACCAAAAACUCAUGUUGCUCUUUUUCUAAAAUUUCCAUUGAAAAGUCAUCAGAAAUUCAUAAAAAAUUCAAGUUCUCAUUGCCUUGACACGGUUAUACAAAAAUCAGUUUUUAUUAAGGUUCGUCUUUGAAGACCUACAGGGAAAGUGGUGUUAUCAGGAUGCCUCUGGGAUAUGUGCCGACAUUUAAUGUGCUUAGACAGUGACUUAAAAUAGUCAUGCUCCCUUGUAAUUUAUAGAAGAUGCUGGAUAAUUUAAAUACUUUUUUAUUCAAUUCUCUGAUCUGUUUAGUUUUGGAUCCAUUCUCCUUUUUGUCAUUCUCUCAUUUGUCACCUUAGUCCUUUGACAAACCUGCUGUUUUAGAUUUUCUAAAAUAAUCAGUUUUCAAUCAUAAGUAAUUGAUUUGAUGAGUUUCUUGUGGUUGGUUUUUGUGAAAGCUGCAGAAACUCAUCUCAUACCAGCUCUGAUCUCCUAUCAUUCAACAAUUUGUAGAUUUUGAUUGGCUCAGGUUUGUUGUGAACUCAGUGUUUUUGUCCUUUAAGCGAAAUCCUUGUGAAAUAGGCCGGUGUGAAGGCACUCGCUGGUGGAAAAAUCGAGGUUCGUCUGAUUAAAGAUCAACUUGCUACUGUAGUCCCUGAUAUACCUCUCAUUGCUUACUACUGGUCUCUUCUGUGACCUCACUUACUGUGUACGUUGUCGUACAUAUGAUGAAACCUGUGCACAUGUUCUCUGUAAUAUUAAAGGUUUCAGGUGAUUUGUUUCUAUUAAUAUUUACAUUUUUCUGCACAAGUUAUUAAAUUAGGUUAAAUGCCUGUUUCAGGUACAGAACGACUUACUUGUAGUAAGACUACUGGUUCUAGAAAAAGAAAAUCAGUUGCAAUUUAAAAAACAAAUGAUGGUAAAAUUGCCAACUGUUGUAUACACAUUACUUGAAAGGGAAAAAGUAUUUUUAAAAUAUCAGGUGAAAUAUUUUUCUGCUGGAUGGAUGUCAUUUUCCAGAUGGUUAUAUCAAUCAUUAAACAUGCAGUCUUGUUUCUUAAUAGCAUAACUUUUCAAUGUAUCCCUUGUGCAAUAUGGCUGAUGGGGUGAGCUUCAGCUUCUUGUCUCGAGUUCUACUGCAGGAGUUUCUUCAAUAAAAUGGGGGCAGCCACAGCUUCUAAAACUACCACCAUUUUAUGAUUUUUGCAAAUAUUUUGUCAUAUACCCUAUGAUAUACAUUGCAAUUUUGAGCAAUAUUUCUUACUGUUAAAAAAUGUUAACGCCUGGUACAUGACUAAGGCAAGUUGACUGAAAAGUCUUUAUUUUUUCUGCCUUGAAACUAGAAUAUAGUCAACCUCAGUACCUAGAAAUCUUAACAUUGAAUUUAUUGAUUUGAAAAAUAUUUUCAAGCAUAAAUCUGAGUAUUGUGGUAAAGAUUUAAUAAUCUUGAAUUCUGUGAGGGUUUAUCUACAAGCUCAUGAUCAUAACACAUACAGACUGGUAGUUGAGGAUGACCUACGAGGAACCUGAUCAAGUGUUAGGGAAUAUGAUUGGAAAGCUGUGCUUUUUAAUAUGCUCGAGCUGUGAAGGAUUUUGUUUGUUAGUUUAAUCUUAAAGCUUUUUGAAAGGUAAAAGCUGUUAAUUUUGCCUUUUGUUUUAAAAAGACUUAUGUAAAUAAAAUUGUCUUUGAUAUUGCA